UCCCCGAGUAUUAAAAAUGCAAGUUGUGAAUUAUAAAUUUAAUGUGCGUGUUGGGAGAGAGGGGCCCGGGGUGACGCUUUCUGCAGGCGGUUUUUCCUGUGGAUGGAUGAAUGGAGGAGCUGUGGAUCCUGUGGAAUAUUGGAGCGGCUCAGUGUUUUCUCCACAGUAAUCUUAUUUGGAAGCUGGUGCUCGAUGACGCGGAGGCUUUUUUUUCCUUCUCGUAUGCAUUAGGGAGCCUGUGGUUUGGGUUUAGGCUUUCUGUUUGCGUGUACAACCUUUUAACAUUUUAAUCCACACAUGGAGCUAAAAACAGACUUGGGAAUUCACUGUUAUGGUCCAAACCAUAUAAAAAGGACAAAAUAUUAGUGUAUAUAUAAGUAAGUUACUUGACAACGUACAGACACGGCAGCUUAACUUCCCACAUAAACAUCUAGUAACGAGCUACACUCAAUGUCAGUACUUUACACGUCAUAUUUUUCUACAUACAAAACAAAAUAAAAGCAUAUAAAAAAACCAACUUGUGGUUUUUUAAGGGAGUCGCUGUGGCUGGAAAGAAAAAUGAGCUCUGCCCCCACAAAACCGCAAAGUUAUUUUUCGCACGUCGGUGUUUUAUUUUGUUUGUAUGAGCGGGAGUGAGAUGGGGCGUGUUAAUUAGCUUCAGCAGCGCUGGAAGGCAGACGCCGCUAGCUUUGGGUGUAGGAGUUUACAGUUUCCACAUGCAGCCUGGUUUGUGGGCUCUUAUUUCACAUGUCUCUCUGCCAACUACAGUAAUAACUACAGUCAUUCCACCAUAUUUCCACGAAAGCAGUGUUAAUUUCUGUCGGUUGAGAAGGCCUUUAUACAGUACAACUACAAACGAAAAGGUAGAUUCAUAAUAAUCAACUAUUGAUGACGAUGAUGUUCAUCAUCGAGACACGUGCACAUUGAUAUAUUUCCCGACAGUGAGAGGCCGACCUCCGUCCAGUAGGUGUGGGCGUCUUUCAUUUUCACCCUGUCCGUCACGCUGCAGGUUCGUGCACUUUCACACCCUGAGCACAUCUGGAGGGCGCUCACCCACACUCUCGUGUUCUGAAGUGUGAAUGGACCUAAAACCUUAAACCGUGCGUUCGCAGGAUGAGGAACAGAACAACUCUGUCCGCAGCCCCAUCGUCAGAACAAUCACAUGGGUGUUUAUGGACGUGUCCGCUGUCACAGUCAUUUAAUUACUAUCAUGCUGAUGCUGGCGUGGCGACCGGUCCAGCGCCGGCCUCGCCUCUGGGCUAAUGGCGGCGGGGCCCGGCUCCGGCGCCCACAUGAGCGGUUAGCAUGGAAUAUUAUGACAUCUGGUAUGAACGCGGUGCAAAUGAGCUCAGUUAAUGGCGGUUUGAGUGAUUCCAUGCGAGCUGCGAGCGCACGUUUGUCCUUUUUCUCUACACUUCCCCAAAUGACAAUCUGACAAACGCGUCCCGAAGCAUUUCCUUAUUUCUAGUCUGUGGACGUGGCACUCAGUCAAACUGAAUUGUCUGUCGUGGCAGAACUGAAGGGAUGCUGAAAGAAGAGUCGUAUUCAUUCACUGCUGCAGCCAUAAAAAGCACAUUUGUGACAUUUCCGGUUGGUUAUUUAAAUCCCGAGCCCCCGAGCCCUAAGCGUUGACUAACACCAUUUGCUCCGUAAUGAUUCUCUCCUCAUGCGUUACCACCGUGUUUAUGCUCAUUAACAUGUCACCAAUGAGCCGGACACCAACCACUGCAGCACGGCCUAUGGCCUCUCCGUGCCUCAGCGCGUCUCGGCGACCUCUAAACCCAUCGCUGGUGCCGCUGACGGGCGGCUGCUCACAGAUGGAGGCUGUCUUCGGCGGAGCUCCCGCUGGUUGUUGGCUCCCACACUGGCCACGGAUUCACGCCGAUCGGCCCUUUGCUUUGGAUUUACCUUCAAUCUCGGGCCAACUGAUGCCCUCAGACUCAGAAUUCCCCACUUCUAAGUGACAGUGAGUACUGGAAACACUGUACAUCAACCAUGUGGGACCUUCUCACACCACGCUUGACUGUUGACCUUUGAACCCUAGUGGAGAAGAACAAGAUGUGCCAGUUAUUCCAGGUUCGCUGAGUUUGCGGAAUGUUCCGAGUCUGAAGCAGAAAAUACCCCGUAAAUUGAUGCUGGGGAUUGUUUUAUAUAUAUAUUUUUGAGCGCGGAUCAAUAGGUUUAAAUCAGCUGUAACGUUUCCAGUCUUGUUGUUAUAGAUUUUUCAUUAGUUUGACUCAAUCAGAGUGAAGAGACUGGAAUGACCUGGAUAAUUGUGUGUUAAAUGUGUUACGCCUCACAGAGGUGUUUGGUGAAUGAAAAAUGAAAGUGGGCAAAUGAAGUGAGGGUUUGUUUGCUUUCAUUCAUUUAUAUCCGCCUUAUCUCGAUAAUUUGUCCUCCGUGGUGGUUCCCGCCACUUCCUAUCAGUGUAAUGGGCGACGGGACAAGGUCCAUUAGCGUUUGCCCUGAGGGCGUGUUGAACGUCGUGUAGAGUUAGUGGGUUCAAUUAGCGUCUACCUGGAUUUUCCGGGACGGUUUCUGAGACGGAUACAGAGGCGCUCAUUUCUCACCUCCCACCGAGCGAAGUGAGUGGAUCGAAACCAAGACUGCGAUCCGAACAAAAAAGGCGAGAAACAUCACGCUGCAUCAUUGUCUUCGCAGAAAGAGGGAGCGCGGGGAGUCGGAGCACGCGCACGGCUCCUCCGAACAUAGCUCCCAAACCCGCUUUGCUUUUCUAAAUCAAUAGGGGGAUAAAGAGGAGGGAGGGAGGGAGGGAGGGGAGCGUGGAGCGCCGUCUGAGCGCGUGGAAGGAAGGAUGCUGCUCCCACAAUGAGCAGGUGUACUCCGCCAAGUGGAGGCGCCGGGCGCAGAGCGCGAGCGACGCACAGCAGCAGCGCGGGAGCAGCACCUGCCCCCAACGACGAGCCCUCGUCUCCGGAUAUGCCGCGUGCUAGCGCGCGCUCACCCCAGGACAAGUGCCCGCUCCCCCUCGCAACUUGCGCGUCUCGCGCCGGGAAAGUGACGGACGCGCGGCUCGCCGGGACAAUACCGUGACCCCGACGCAGUCCCACGGAUCGCUGCCGCGGCCGCCGUGGAUCUGAUCUCACUCUUCUCAAGGACACCGCCGUCGGCAAGGAUGCUCCUGUCCACGCAGUCGCUCUACAUUGGGAUGGAGGUCCUGAUCGCGGUCGCGUCCGUCAUCGGGAACGUGAUGGUGGUCUGGGCGGUGAAAAUUAACAAGUCGCUGCGAGACACCACGUUCUGCUUCAUCGUGUCUCUGGCGCUGGCGGACAUCGCCGUGGGAGCGCUCGUCAUCCCGCUGGCCAUCACGAUCAGCAUCGGACUCCAGACCCACUUUUACAGCUGCCUGCUCGUCGCGUGCACGGUGCUGGUGCUGACGCAAAGUUCCAUCCUGGCGCUGCUGGCCAUUGCGAUCGACCGCUACCUUAGGGUCAAGAUCCCGACUAGGUACAAGCGGGUGGUGACGCCGCGGCGCGCCGGCCUGGCCGUGGUGCUGUGCUGGACGGUGGCCUUCGUGGUGGGCCUCACGCCCAUGCUGGGCUGGAACAACCUGCGGCGCCUGCAGCAGAACGGCUCGGUCGGCGCCGACCGCGUCAUCACCUGCCAGUUCGAGAACGUCAUCAGCAUGGACUACAUGGUCUACUUCAACUUCUUCGGCUGGGUGCUGCCGCCGCUGCUGCUCAUGCUGCUCAUCUACGUGGAGAUCUUCUACAUGAUCCACAAGCAGCUCAACAGCAAGAAGUUCAGCGCCGGCCACGCGGACCCCAACAAGUACUAUGACAAGGAGCUGAACCUGGCCAAGUCUCUGGCGCUGGUCCUUUUCCUCUUCGCCGUCAGCUGGCUGCCGCUGCACAUCAUCAACUGCAUCACGCUCUUCUGGCCCGACUGCCAGAAGCCCAUGGUCCUGCUCUACAUCGCCAUCCUCCUCACCCACGGCAACUCCGCCGUCAACCCCAUCGUCUACGCCUUCCGCAUCCGCAAGUUCCGCACGGCCUUCCAGAAGAUCUGGCAGCAGUACUUCUGCUGCAUGGACGCGCCGGCUCUGGAGAUCCAGCCCAGCGACAGGAAGGAGAUGCCGCUGGAGUCGCAUCACGAGCCGCCGCCGCCGCCACCGCCACCGCAGGCUCCUCAGAAGGAGAUGCCUAAAUGCGACCCGCCGCAGCCGCAGCCGCAGCCGCAGCCGCAGCCGCAGUAGCAGGACUUCCACCGGAGCAGAGUCCGGUCUGAGCCCAGGGACCCGAACCGGGGGCCGGGUGGAAAAGCACGGCGCCAGCGUGGGCUCGAUCCUCACGUGAGUGACUUCCAUCCAGCAGCAUGAAGUGCUCCAACGUGCUGCGACGGCCCAAGAACUGCAGCAUUAACACUAGCGGGUUGAUUACCUUUACUCAGGAGGAACAGGUUUGCUGAAAUCUACCGUUUGUCCAGAGGGGAAACAAAAGGGCAUCUACAAACUCCACUGACGUGUUUAUCUUAGUAACUACAUUAAGCUUUAAGUUUGGUUCCUAAUAGUGAAGCAUUACAAAAUGUGCAAUAUAAGUUAUUGUGGUUGGUUAAUCUCAGAUUCUUAAAUGUUUUAACCUGCUAUAGAAUGAUACGUUCAAUAAAGCAGGUGCAUUUUAUUACACCCGUACUGUGUGGAUAUUUAAGUGGACGCUGAUUGAUUAAUAUGAACGUACCAGUACUUCACUACAGCGCUGGAGCGGGUCUCGUGCACAUCGGGGAGUUAGCGCUCGCUCAGCUCUUCCCACGGUGAUGCAGCAGCAGCGAUCAGUGGCGGCAGAGAUGAGGAGGGGGGGGGGGGGGGUAACCUUUUAGGAGUCGCACGCAGGAGGCACGUUGGGAUGAAGAUGAUGAUGAUGAUGUUUGACGUUGGUCCAGCUGGACUGCUCAGAACCUUAUUGCAACCAGAGACAUGAGCCUUGUGUGCUAUUUAAAUUAUAUGGACAACAUGACGACUGUGAGCGUCUCUGCUGCACUGGAAGCCCCGCGUUUUGGAUGAAGCCAGUCUGGGCCGCUUUGUGGCCAAAUGUCAAAUGCCACCGACGUAAAAACACUUUCUGGGAAUGUACAUUUCUUCUCCACUGACCUUCUUCUGCGUCGGUGCCAAUUUUUGCUUCGUAAACUUCAGACAUUUUUCUAUUCCUGGCUUGAUAAACAGUUCUCUGGUGGAAACACUUGCGUUGAUGAUGCCUGAAUGGCAGAAUAAAACCUAAAACAGUCAUUUGUUUUGUCCAUGAAGUGCAUCAGCAGAGUGACGCACUGUUAAUGCGUUCGAGGACAAAAGUGGAUUAAUAAGCACAUAUUUGCUUUAUUAUUAUUUCAUGCCCUUCCAGUUUGAUUCCAGUCUCAUUCAUCAUGAAGUGGCUACACUGAAUAUUUCUCUUAAUGAUGAAUCAGGCGCCUACUGGCUGCUAAAAAUAAUAAACCCACACAUAAUUAUCACCUGAGACUUCUUUUCCAGUAUAAUCCAAUUAGUUCUUCUCACUGGGUCAGACACAUUGAACAGUCGACUAACUGGCAAAGCAGCUGGAGACCUGGAUGCAGCUCUUUGCCAUUAGCAAAGUCAACUGAGCAAUACAUCACAUUAAAUGGACCUAAUAACACGGCAGUGUUGUCGUUACGUCGUGUUCCCACUCCCUUAAUCAGUAGCUCUCCCUCUUAUGACUUCUGGUCAUACAAAGUUCUAGCGAAUUUUUCUCAUUAUAUUUUUCAAAAUGG